AUGCCCACCGAUGACACAUACACAGAGUGCAACUUUACCAAACUGUACACGGUGGAAAUACCUCCUCGAGACAAAUGGACUAACGACCAAAUGUACGUCGAAGAGGGAAGCCACAUAUGGUACACGGAUGGUUCCAAAAAAGGAAAUGAUGUAGGAUGUGGGAUCUAUGGUGAGAGACCCAAGCUCAGGGCCAGCGUCAGCAUGGGCAGACAGGCCUCAAUCUUCCAGGCAGAAGUCUUCGCCAUUAACAAAUGUGUGGAGAUUAACCUGGAUAGAAAUCUAAGACACCAACAUAUCUACAUCAACUCAGACAGCCAAGCUGCUCUGCUGGCACUAGAUUCUCUAGAGUCCAACUCAAAGCUAGUCCAGAACUGUAAAACAAACCUAAACGCACUGGCCAACUCCAACAAAGUCACACUUAGAUGGGUACCAGGGCACUCCGACAUUACCGGAAACGACGAAGCAGACGAACUCGCUAGAAAGGGCGCAGACACACCCCUGAUCGGCCCCGAACCGUUUUGUGGAUUCACAAAACGAGAAGCAUAUUCUCUGCUAAAUAACCUGGAAAAAAGAAGGGCAAUCGAUGGGUGGAAGUUCGUGAGAGGACAAGAACACUCGAAAGCCCUAAUAAAACCGUUCAACAGCAGAUAUGCUAAAGAGCUCAUAGGGCUCAAAAGACACAAAAUCUGCGCGGUAUCCAGAAUAUUGACUGGACACUGCAAGCUGAACAAACACAUGUUUCAAUUGGGGUUGAAACAAGAGGCGACAUGCAGGUUCUGCCAGGAAACGGAGGAGACUGCAAUGCACAUCCUUUGUUCCUGCGGUCCACUAAUGUCAAAGAGAAGUAUCCACUUAGGGCGGCAGGUACUGCAACCCUAUGAGGUACAAGACCUUACAGCCCAAAGAAUCUGGAAUUUCCUGGAUUCAACGGGCAUAAGUAAGGUUAUCUAA